CAACCAUCUGUUCUUCAGGAUCAAAUGCUCAUUUAUAAAUGUGCCGUACCGGAGGCAUUGAUUGGAGUUCGAGCUGAUGUUACUGCUAAUCAUUCCAUCUCAUGUGCCCUUAAUAUUGUAAAGUCUGGAAAUGGCAAGAAACAUUACAGAAUUGUUAUAUCAUAUGGUUCACAAAAUGGUCAGUUGGCUGAAAUAAACGACGUAUUUAAUAAUUACGUGACAGUGUACAGUUGCUCAGAGUUAUCCUCGGACUGCAGUCACUGUCGGGCUUUGAAUAAAACACGUUAUAGUUGCGACUGGUGUGGAAACAGCGAGUGUAUUUACAGCAAAUCAAGAUGUAUGUCAAUAUGCCCUAGACCUAGCAUCACAAAGGUUAUUCCAAAAGACGGUCCGGUGCAAGGAGGCACUAAACUGACUAUAUCUGGAACAAAUUUAGGAAGAAAUGUUUCGGAAGUUGAUGGUGUAACAGUUGCAAGUAGACAGUGCUCCUUGAGUAGCUAUUUAGAAGAUUACGAUGUCCCUCACAGUGACGAUUUUGAAACACAAGUGCCGUCAAGGUAACGUGAAAUACAUGUUCUCUGCGAUUGCAUGAAAUAUUUACUUUAAUAUUUACAAGAUUAAUUCUUAAGUAAAACUAAACAGUUGAUUUUUGCAUGAUCAUUCAUUGUAG